UAAAUAAUAGCAUAGGCCAUCAAAUGUACCUGCUCUCUCGUAAAAGGGGGGUGGCUUUAAUGGGGGAGAGGGGGCGUUUACAGCAGCGAAUUGCUCACAGACAUUUCUCGCGCUACAGGCUGUUGGGUGGAAGGACCGGUGUCUGUAAAGUGCAGUCUCUUUAACUGUAUCAGUCACGCUAAAUGAAGAAGACGUGAACGCAACUGUUUUAUACUGGGUUAAAAACAACUGAAAGCAUUAACUGAGCUCUUGAGGGAGCUGGAAUGGCAGAAACGCUGCGUAAUCGCGACCGCACGCUUGUAAUGACCGGGCACUGGUGCGCUUUGGCACCGGAGGGAAACACCAAGCUUAACUGAAGAAUUGAGCACCAACAGAGAAAAGCAGCAGGGUGUAAGACGGAUCAUCUUUAUAUUAACUUGCCUGCAUUAUGUAAAUAUAGAAUAUAAGGUGGAAAGUGUAUUGUGCUCGUUUUGCUCACCCCGAACCGUGCCAAUGCUGGAAUGGCUUUUGGCUCUGUGCAUUGUGAUCCUGGUGGUCUCAAUCUGGCCAGGCUCCAAAUAUUUUUGUACCGAGAGCCAGCGCGAUGCUUUGUUCCAAAGACUUGGAAUUUUACAGCAGGUGGCGAAAGACAAGACAGGGAGGUGCGUCUCCGACCGCGAGGGGAACGACGAUGCCCAGUCGGCCUGCGUAGGCGCUUUGACCGACGAAAAAGCACGCACCGUGGCGCUAAUAUGCAAGCCUUCCGCGCUGGCAAACUACCUCCUGAAACACUGCUGGACUUUCAGUAACUACUCACCGUGUGUCGGCUGGACAUGGCGGGCCAGCGCCUUUCUCCAGAGUGUGUACGAGGCGUGCUGGCCGUACGAAAGCCCGGUCCAGUUUGUGCGGGACAACCUGCAGCUGAGUGAUGACGGUCUGGUGGCAUUGGAUUGGGCUGUGCCAUCCUACCAGAAACGUCGCAGGACUUCGAGUCACUCCACCAGUCCGGUUCUUCUCAUCAUUCCAAACUCUUUUGGGAAGAUCACUAGAAAUGUGUUGAAGUUGUGUGAAAUGGCACUGUCCCAUGGCUACCUGCCAGUGGUAUUCAAUCGCCGCAGCCACAAUGGCUGCCCGCUUACAACCCUGAAACUGCAGCAGUUUGGUGACCCUGCAGAUCUACGUGAGGCUGUGCGCUACAUUCGCUACCGGCAACCUGCAGGUAGACUGUAUGCAGUGAGCGAGAGCUCGGGGUCGGGCCUUCUACUGUCAUACCUGGGGGAGUGUGGAUCAUCGAGCUACGUGACGGCGGCUGUCUGCCUGUCUCCUGUGUUCCGCUGCCAGAGCUGGUUUGAGAGUGGGCUGUGGUGGCCCCUCCAGUGGGCGUUGGUGCUGUACCAAAAGAUAUGUCUCAGCAGGUACAAGUCUGCGCUGACUGAGGUCAUGCAAACAGACACCCUGUUCUCCAGUCAUUCUUUGCGUGGCUUGGAGGAAGCGCUGUUUUGUCAGCCUGGACAUCUGGACUCUAAACCUACAGCACCAACAGGAAACAGCUGUAGCAGCAAUACUUCCGGUGCCUGGGAUGCUUACUGGGAACACAACGAACCCUUAAGAGAUGUAGAUGAAGUGGCUAUUCCUGUUUUGAGUGUAUGUGCUAAGGAUGACCCUAUCCGCGGAGACACCCAGUCCACGGUGCCCUUGGAACUCUUUGAGACAAAUCCACAUUUUUUUCUCCUCCUAACUGACCACGGAGGUCAUUGUGGUUUCUCCACCCAGUCCGAAGGGAGUGCUGCUGGUGCUUUGGGUGCAGUGGGCUCUGCGGCUGCAUCAAACAGAGGGCUGGAGAGCCAUGGGAUCAACUGGAGCCACAGAGCUUCACUGGAAUUCUUUAGGGCAACCACGGACUUCUUCAAUGCAGAGGAGAGAGCAAAGCAGCUUCCUUCAAGGAGGAGGGGGCUGGGAGGAGCUGCAGGAGGAAAGGUUUUUCGCCACCGCAGUGUCAGUUCGUGUAAAAGAGUGCCAGCUUGUUCUCAUAAUAUCCAUGCUAUUUACAGCUGGCAGAGAUCCUAUACACGAUGAGAGAGCUUAAUGGAAAUUAAAGGUACCCUGUGUAGUUUCUGCGUAAUCAUGCAAAAUUAUAUUUACAUUCAGUUAUUCGGUUUUAGCGCACCAAAAGGGAGAAAGUUACUUUCACGUUCAGAUACACUGUAUCCUUGAGGUUUAGCGAUGGUGCAUUCUCACCUCAAAGGUGAUGAAUCCGUUUUGGUCCUCAUCAGACACCUACAUCGCUGGCCCUUGUUUACACCCAUAUUUAUCCAUAUGUGGGCUUCUUAUUCCCUGGUUUAACACCAUGUGUGCAUACAUGUGCAUUGUUGUGUUUGUAUGUGAAUAGCACUGCUAAAUUUAAAAAAAAACCACAGGGUACCAGUGAUGUGUGACUUUAAUGCUUCUGAUGUUGUUCAGGCUUGGGAUGUGAAGGACUCAAAUUGUUCUCUGGCUAUGUGACACUCACUUGAAAGUGUUAUGACAACCAAAGCUUGAAAAGUGCUGGGAUUGUGCAGCACUGAGUCUGUCGAGUACUUUUUAAGUGAGAGAGUGUGCGCACAUUGUUUUCACACUGUUAAUGUGAGCCAUAAACCACUAGGAUAGAAAAAUGACAGGCCACAAGAUUGCAUGCAGUUGUUAUGCUUAACGGGCCAAAAGUGUUCCAAAAACUCAACAAAGUAUGAAGUAGCUCUAUAUUUUUCUACAGACAGAUUCAAGCCCUCUUAAUGCCAGCUGUUGCAGGAAUUUCUCAGUUUGCAAUACACUUUACUGAUCCAAUUCAACUGCCUCACAUUUUACCUUGUUUGCUACAUUUGUAACACAUUUGCUUUGAUAUUUCAAACCUCACCAUGUAUUGUAUCUUACUGUUCUUGCUGAAAGUAUAUGUAUUGAGGCCCAAGUCUUAUGCCUGAGAUUGGAAGAAAACCAAAUCCAGACUUUGAGAAUAAUUUGAACUAAAUGUUAAUAAAGUUUAAUCAUCUAAUCCACAAUUUUUAUAUACAUUAAAGAGAGUUCCAUGUGUAUGUUCUCUACUGUGUUGGAAAAUAGCCUGUGAUGGACUCAUGUGUGAAUAGCCUGUUAUGUGAGUUUUCCUGUCUCAUCACUUAACUUUUUGGUCCAAGCUGCUCAGGAUCUGCAGGUGGCCGUUGUUUUACUCGGUGUAGGAGAAUUUGAGACGGUUUUUUUUGGAUUCGCACUUCUGCAUUAAAAAAUAAAAUUUUAAAUAGUUAUUAUUUCUGUUUCAUAUGAAUUAAGGAAAAGUCGAGGUUUGUUGUAGCAGAAAUCUGGACAUGAAACUACUGAGCACAAAUGACUGUUGUCUCCUGUUUAUAGAACAGGCUACACCCACACUUAAUGUGUUAUAAUAUGUGUCAAAAUUAAAUUAAAAGUAUACUGAGUGAACCAA